AUAAUUCGACGUUUUUUGAACAACGAGAUGCCAGCAGUACCGGCGGUACAAUUUGGGCUUGUUGACGUACGUGAUGUUGCGCAGGCGCAUAUUCGUGCCAUGUGUGAACCACGUAGUGAUGGGCAACGAAUCCUUGUUACUUCACAACCCAGCUUCUGGUUCAUCGAUAUUGCCAAUGUUUUACGACACGAAUUCUCAUCACAAGGCUACUACAUUCCAAGAUUUGUGGUACCAUAUCCGAUUAUUUGGUGUUACUCAUUUUUUGACAAGGAAGCUGCGCAGGUACUCAGUCGAAUCGGCAAACAAUCGAAUUUCGAUAAUUCUCGAGUAAGUGAUGUUGCCUCCUUUUUUUUCCGAAGUAACACCGAGAUUUUUUGUUGCCAAAACGAUCCUUGGAAUGGAAUUCAGGGAUCCUAA